AAGUUAGCACCACAGUACCACUCACAAUAAAUUUUGAAUACUGCACGAACUUAAUUAAAUUUUUAUUGCGGGAAACGCUGCCUGUGUCACGGGACAGUACCAGAAUCGACCAAAUUAGACGAAAUAUUCUGUGGGAUUAGGCCGCCUAUUUCCGGAGUCGGCUGAGGCUGUAUAAUCAUUCAAGAAACAAAGAUACAACAAGUACAGUACAGUACUUUACUUUUACAGAAAACCUCUGACUGCUUCGUACCGCCGAUCUUAAAAAAAGUUUUGUUGCAAAAAAAUUUUUUAUCGGACAGUUUAGCCUAAAAAUUUACCUUAGUGCUUUUGUUAUCACCAAUCACGACUUGGUGUUGGUAGCACAUAAUUAUAGAAGAGGGGCUUCUUAUACAAGUAGUAUGGUGGUAAUGAGCACAUAUAAAACAUUUAUUACGGAUAAUAGCAUUGUUUUUAUCCAAAACCAAAAUCUUGCUAAACUAAGACUAUUAUGCAAUAAUCUGCAGAAGAAAAAAGAAAUGAAUUGUAUAUGUUAACAAAAUAACCAACACUAGUACAAUACAGACCGCGAUCGUUUGAUGCUUGUUUUACAAAUUUUGGUGCAGAUUUUGAAGAAUAAGUACGUAUGCAUGCCGAGGCCGAUGUCGCUACUGAGAGGCGAUCGGCUUAUAAACUCGUAAAAGUUUCACACUGAAUAAAACUAUAUCGUACUUCUAUCUAUAUAGUAUACUAGUAAAUACAGAUAUUUUGUACUUAUUUUUCACUGCGUCGCUGAACGGUCAUCAGUUGCAACCAGAAAAGUCAGUGAAACACCUUGGAGUGAUACUGGAUGAACAUCUCAGUUGGACUGACCAUGUUAAAAAGGUCCAAAAGAGUGUUCGGUACGGUAUAUCACUGUUAAAUCGUGUGAAAAUCGGCCUGCCAACAUCCCAACGCAUUGCGCUUUUCUAUGCCUUGUCCAGUCUCAUCUGGACUACUGUUCUACAGUGUGGAACGGGGCAUCUGUGCGCUUGCGGGAAAAACUGGCCGCCAUGCAUCGUAGCGGCCUGCGAGCGGCUGCAAACUACUCUGGAAUAUCCACGGAAUUGUUCAUGACCAAGCACGGGAUCCUUCCUCUGUUCACCAGAUGGAGACAAAACGAAGCGAUGUGGUUGUACAAAAUCAAGCACCCGGAAAAAUUCCAUGUGCCACAGUACAUCAGCGAGAUGGUGGAAUUUAAAGAGGAAGUGAAACCGUACAAUCUUCGGAAAGGGAAUCGGACCAUAAUCAAGGCGAAAGCAAAGAAAAAAGUCGGCGAAACAACCUUGGCUUGGAAGCUAAAUAAAAUGUGGAAAUUUUUCGUGGAUUCUAAUUCUUCUGAUAUUUUUAGUGUUCGAUCGGUUGAUGCGUUUAAACAUGCGUUGUGUAGUGUAAAUUUUGUUUAAGCGUGCUGGGAAUUUUCUCUAUGCAGUUGCUGUUUGGCCAGGUUUAAAAUCCCAUGCUAGUAUGUCACCCUAGCCGGAAAUGGGCUACCUGCUCCACGAAGAAAUAAUAAUAAUAAUAAUAAUAAUGUGCAGUGGCUGUGUCAAGUGUCACCAGCCUAUGUGUUAUGUGUACUAAUUGUAAGCUACAGCAGCGGCAAGUCUCAAACCAGGCAGAUGUUGGUCUGUUUCUCUCGGUGUUGUUGGCAGUUUCGCGAUUAUGAUAUUUUGUUCCUAACUACAUAAUUUCAAGAGUUGUAAACGGCAACCCGGACACUGGGCUGCAAAGCUGCACGUUUUACCAUAAAUCGUCACUUUUCACCGUAUUUGUUGAUAAAAGGACUAGAAAAUGUUGAUGUUCCAUCGCGCACUAAAGCCAGCCUCGACGACAAAGCUUAACCGUGCUGUUUUAUGUCUGUCAUUCUGUUCACAGUCAGCUGGAAAACAGCUGAUCGCAGAAACUCAUUAUCGCCAGGUUCGUCAUCGAAAUACAGAUGUGAAAGCGAAUGUUCGCAAUGCAGAAAUUGCAAAGAGUGAUGCAACGACCAGCGAGGAAGACAUCUACCUUAAAACUUACCUGAAAUCUCUAUCCAGACGAGAGGAAUACUGGAAAGACCUGGCGUCUGCACUGGUGUGGGAUGAGAAGAAGGACAAAGUUUUAGAUGACACAGAUUCUCCGUUUGCUAAAUGGUUUUCCGGAUGGAAAAUUAAUGUCUGCUAUAAUGCACUGGAUCGGCACUGUGAUGAGGGUCGAGGAGGCGAGAUCAUUCUGCAUCACGAAAGUCCGGUAACAAAUUCAAGAUGUUCCCUGACGUACGACGAAAUUUUAAGAGAGGUAAAAGCUUUCGCAGCCCAUUUGUCGAAUCUCGGAGUCAAAAAGGGCGAUCGCGUCAUAAUUUACAUGCCGAUGAUUCCACAAGCCGUGACGGCGAUGUUAGCAUGUGCUAGAAUCGGUGCAAUUCAUUCCGUGGUUUUUGGAGGUUUUGCCGCCAAAGAAUUGGCCACCAGAAUUUCUCAUGCCAAGGCAGUAGCAGUGAUCUGCGGGUCCCAUGGCAUUGAAAGAGGCCGUGAAGUGGACUACAAGAAGAUUGUUGACGAUGCCAUUGAUACAGCAACUAACAAGCCAAAGCACGUUGUCGUGUUCCAGCGUCCGGAAAUGUCUCGCAGUUCGUGGACCAGCGGUCGUGAUUCCGAUUGGCAUGAAGCAGUUGCGGCGGGGAAGAGUGUUGACUGCGUGCCGAUCGACGCCAUGGAUCCGCUGUACAUUCUCUAUACAAGUGGCACAACAGGAACACCUAAGGCCGUGGUACGUCCAGCAGGAGGCUACGCGGUAGCACUAAAUUGGUCAAUGUACAAUGUCUACGGAAUGAAACCGGGAGAGACUUGGUGGUCGGCGAGUGAUUUUGGCUGGGUUGUGGGCCAUUCAUAUAUCUGUUACGCUCCGCUGCUGCACGGUAACCCGUCCGUUAUCUACGAAGGAAAGGUCACCGAUACACCGGAUGGUAGCAGCUAUUUUAGACUAAUUGAGCGCUAUAAAGUUAAGGGAAUGUUCACCACUCCCACCGCUAUGAGAGCGCUUCGACAAGUGGAUCCCGAGGGAAAAUUUGGCCAGAAGCAUGACAUCAAAAGUUUGAAGUUACUCUACGUUGCGGGAGAGCACUGUGAUGAAGGAACCAAGGCUUGGACGAAAGAAACGUUCAAAGCUGCAGUUCUGGAUAACUGGUGGCAAACUGAGACUGGAUGGCCGAUAACAUCGACGUGCAGUGGGUUGGGUUCGAAUCUCGAUCCUCCGCCGCAUUCAUCCGGCCAUGCUGUACCGGGCUACGAUGUUAGAAUUUUGGACUCUGAAACCGGAAAAGAAGCGAAGGUUGGCCAGACUGGUCGGAUUGCAGUCAAAUUGCCGUUACCACCGGGAACGUUUUCCAGUUUAUGGGAGAAUGACGAGGGAUUCAAGAAAACGUAUUUUGAACGUUACCCGGGCUAUUACGAUACAAUGGAUGCGGGAAGUGUCGACGAAGAUGGAUACGUGACGGUCGCAUCCCGAAUGGAUGAUAUCAUCAACGUUUCGGGAGUGCGAAUUUCGACAUCUGCAAUCGAAGAAGCAAUUCUGCGACAUCCGGACGUUACCGACUGUGCCGUAAUUGGAGUGAAGGAUAAACUAAAGGGUCAAGUUCCCGUGGGUUUACUUGUGGUCAAAUCUGCAUGCGAUAAAAAAGGCAGUGAUAUUGUUAAAGAGAUAAUCAAAUCCGUGCGCGAUGACAUCGGACCGAUAGCCUCCUUUAAGAGCGCGUGUGUUGUUCCGAAAUUACCGAAAACAAAAUCGGGUAAAAUUGCUCGGCCCAGCCUCAUCUGCUUAGCUGAAGAUCGCCCCGUGAAAGUACCGGUAACUAUUGAAGAUCCUGAUGUUUACGAGCCCAUCCAGAAGGCAAUGCGAGAAAUUGGAUAUGCGGAAAAGGAAAUAGAGAAAUGUUAGGAAUUUCCAAGAAAUAUUCCAAAUUAAUUUUCUGCCACGCCCAGUAUUGUUACUUGCAUUCUCAUAUUGCUGGAAUCUGUCUUUAAGUACCUUUUUGAUUUACCGCCCCGUCUUACCGUUCCGUACGCGUUAUUUUAUAGUGUUUUUUUAGCCCGAAAAUUGCUUUUCAAAGAUUUAUUUUAAGAUUUUAACGGAAGCUUUUUUACGCAUUGGUAAUUUGAAUAUGUCCUGUCACUUUUAUUAUUUAAAAAAAUUUUAAUAAACCGAUAAAACAAAGAAUGCGAGAGAUGCCCGUAAUCGGUGCUUACCUUAUGCGAAGCGAUAAGUCAGUGCCCUGCACGCGUUUUGUUACGUAAAGCGCCUCACUAAUCUAGCUAAUUAACGUGCUAUCAGUAUUGUUUGUAUAACUGGACACGUCUUGAGCAGCUGCUGGU